UUUGUUUAUGUGUUUCUUUCGUUUAUAUUUUAACAAGCGGCGGAUUCUCCUGUUUAUACGUGCGAGGACGCGCGCAAAACACAAACGUGAGACGCGCGCCCCUUUCUAACUACCACGCGACCCGCCGCGAGCCGGCGAAUCCGCCAUUUUCACUUCCGUCUUUCCCUCCUCGUAUUAAACACACACCAUCGGAAUCGCAAGAAAUUACGAAGGAAAAAAUUCAAGAAAAAUGAAGUCAAUGCGGUUCAAAUGGAAAAUGUACAUGAGUCUCCUCUUAAUCUUCAUAGUGGAGGGAAGAGUUGCUAAAAGAUUGAGACCCGAAGUUGUUCUCGCAGAUGUCCUUACAAAGCCCUUUAUACUUGGAGAAUUUGCUUCUUUCGAGUGCGUUCGCGAUAGCAAAAUUUAUUUGGAGGCACUUAAGACAUACACACCUUGGGCGCUUCAAAUGUUCGACGCUUCAGGUAAAAUAGCAUCAGGUUUGAUCACUGGCAAUUAUAGACAACUGGGUAAUUUUGAUGAAUGCUUGCAAGUAAAGAACGAGCACGGAUUCGUCGGACAGGCUUGCAACGUCGCAGUACAAUUCGAGAUCUCCGCAGACCACGGUACACCACGAGAAGAAUUGGACCUGGGGGAUCUGCUCGUAAAUGUUGCAACCGCAUCGAAUGCGACACACUGGAGUUUCGGCAACUCAGUCGUAUACGAGUGGAUGUUUUGUGUUCCGUCCACCUGCAAUCAUAUGGAGGUACAGGAGUUUCUCGAAAUCGCACUCGACCCUUUGAAAAUCGCAGGGCGUGUGGAUAUGACUAUCAACGUUCCUAAGGAAUCAUGUCACACCGUGGAAACUGAUCGAAAAACUUGGGACAUUGUCGAUUGGUGUUACACAUCGAUUCUUAUACUGCUCUUAUUGAUCGCUAUUACCAGCACGGGAUAUGAUGUCGUAGUACAACAGCAGACUAAUACGUCGAAAUGGAAAAGUAUUUUUAUGGCAUUUUCUAUGUACAAGAAUGGGAAAAAGCUGUUGCAAACUACAGACACACGUGAGGAUUCUAUUCUCUGUCUAUAUGGCUUACGUUGCAUCAGCAUGUGUUGGGUCAUUUACGGUCAUACUUAUUACAUGGAGGCUGUUAGUAACAAAAUGGACCUCACACAGAUUCCACAUAUGCAUAACUAUUGGAACAACAUGUUUGUGCUCAAUGGCAACAUUGCCACGGAUAUUUUCUUCCUUGUGAGUGGGAUGCUACUCGCUUACAACGAACUGUUAAGGAAGGAACGAGCCGGCUCAAACUGGCGUAUCCACUGUAUUUAUUAUAUUAUAGGGCUUUGUGUUCAUCGUUAUAUAAGAGUAACACCGCCCUACGCGAUGAUGAUUGGUUUUUAUGGCACUCUAUUCGACAAAUUUGGUACAGGCCUGCAGUGGGACACCUGGGUCGGCUCUAACAAAAAGUUUUGUCGUGAAAAUUGGUGGACCAACCUGCUCUAUAUUAACAAUUUUGUUAAUGUACCGAACAUGUGUAUGUCCCAGUCCUGGUACCUAUCGACCGAUAUGCAGUUUGUUUUGCUAUCACCGUUUAUACUGUAUCCUAUGCUCAAAUUUAAGACUGUGUUCUUUGCCAUUGUUUUGGCCGUCUACUUGUUUCUUUCGAUCUUAGUGCCUUUCGUUAUAACUUAUGUUUAUCAAUUAACGGGCACCAUGCUCUAUUAUAAGGAACCGAUGGAUUUAGCUCAAGUUUAUCUGAAGAUCUAUACGAAGACAUAUAAUAGAUUUGGCUCUUACCUCAUUGGAGUAAGCUUAGGAUACUUUAUAUAUAAGAUGCGAUCUUACAAUGUCAAAUUACGCAUACGGUACGUGAUUUGCGGUUGGCUGCUCGCGAUUGUGGCCGGUUUCGCGAUGAUUUUCUGGCCACGGUACAUGUACUUCGACACUUACGUAUAUAACAGAUUAGAGGCGAGUUUCUACGCCGGUUUUCAUCGACAGAUUUUUGUACUCUCGAUUUCCUGGAUCAUCUUCUGCUGCAUAUACGGAUAUGCAGGUCCCAUCAAUUAUUUACUUUCUUGGAGUGGAUGGUUACCGCUUGGCAAGUUGAGCUACUGUGCUUAUCUCUGUCAUUAUCUGUUCAUACUAUCAUACGCUGGGGCUACUCGAACUACCGGCAAUUUAACACAAAUGAACGUGAUGCGCGCAUUCUUUGCCAAUUUAAUGUUCUCGAUGAUAACGUCCGUGUUAUGGAGCCUCUGCUUUGAAAUGCCAUUCAUUACUAUCGACGGGAUUCUACUUUCUGGACGUAAAGAAAAUUUGUCAAAAGAUUUGAGGACUAACAAUUCUGCAGCAUCCGACAAAGAUAUUUGCCAGCCGAAGGAAUCUUCAACUACACACGUUAACAAUGACCCGAAAGAACAUGGCUGUGAUGCAACCCUCCACGAUGUUACGAAAACUGCUAAACAAAAUGAUGUACAAGACGAAAAGAUCAACAAGACGAUACCUCGGAUACCGAUUGGAGACAUUCGAGGAUCAGAGAUCCUCAAAUCAUCAGAGAUUCUCGAAUAUCUCCAAUAA